AUGGCAAAGGGGAUCUCGGUCCUCAAAUUCGUGGGCACCGUGUCCCUCGGGCUGUUGACGGGCGUCUCGUAUACCGUCUCAGCCGUCACUCUCCCAACUCUCCUCCAGCUACCCUCGUCGUCUUCCGCCGCUCACGCCUUGACCUCACUGCAAUCUUCGCUGCGUCUUCCCGUCCUCGCCCUCUCGUCUCUGGCAGCUGCCCCGCUCUUCCUGUCGUUCGUCUGCUCCCCGCGCUACGCUCGCCACCCGUACCUGUUCUAUACGUCCAUUCUGGCUGUGCUGUCGGUUGUAGUGCCCGGAUACCUUCCCCAGCCGGCUGCAACAGCUUCGAAGCCUACUAGCGCACGCAAGACCACCUCAUCUAGAGCCCGGAUGGAAGCGAGCUAUGAGGUCUUGGGCGAUUCGCACAGCGAGGGAGACCUGCCCAGCGAGUCUGAGCUAGAGGAUGUUAAUGGCGAGGAAGUCAGAGCCAACGUUGAGGGUACUGCAAGGGCAUAUCUCGUCAAGACCGGCUUUGCCGCCGCCGCCUUUGUGCUGUCUGUGGUUGGACUUUGGGGCGAUGGUGCUCCCCGAACUGUCCGUUACUAUUAG